GAAAUUUGUUGAAUGUUUGUGACUACUUUGUAACAGGAAGCAGAAAGACCGAACCCGGAGAUAGUGAGGAGUGGCCGGGGCCCAAGCAGGAGCCUGCUGCCCGAGGCCAAUGUCGGUCAUAAAGCGAUUUGUACACGGAAUGGGAUCAGCCAUGCAGUGGGGAAUUUCUGUCUGGAUUUGCGAGGUGUGGGAGGUAUAGGACAUGUAAUAAGGUGCUUCAGUAAGGGGUGUGGAUUCUGGAAAAAGUGCAGCAUGGAUGGAAUGGAAUCAAGUAAUGAAGAUAAUUGCACAAAUGCCACAGCUAUGAACGUUGACUCUGCUGAUAAUAGUUCUUUAGCAGAAGAUGAAGAAGCUGAUCCGUCUGCAUCUCGUGGUUGCACAAAACGAGAAGAAACGUCAGAGCAUGUUUUGAAAGAGCAGCACGAGGAGCAGUGCAGCUUGGAGCAAAGGCUGUGCGUGUUCUGUAAUUGUGGAGAGCAGAGCCUACAUGGACAAAGAGAGCUGAAGCAAUUUGAUCCAUCGGUUGUGUUGGAUGAAUUUGGAAAUGGAGGGGCAAGCAGAACUACAAAGGAAGCCAGUCCAACAUCAAGGCACAUGAGUGUUUCAGGGACGGAGGGGCUCUCCGAUGAGCUUGUACAAGUUGGCUUUGAAAGAAGUACAACAACAAUGGCUCUUUUUGAGUCAACAGGGCAUUUCUGGGCUCAUCAUUGGUGUGCAGCCUGGUCGAAUGGUGUUGAACAGGGUGAGGGACAAAAACUGGUCAAUGUGGACAAAGCUGUAAUCUCAGGUAUCUCACAGAAAUGUGAGUAUUGUAAACGGUUGGGAGCUACCAUCCAGUGCCAGAUGGAGGGAUGUUUAAGAUCGUACCACUUUCCUUGCGCAGCAGCAUCUGGAUCCUUUCAGUCAAUGAAAUCAUUGACCCUUCUGUGUUCAGAACACAUCGAUAAAGCAGUGGAAAUAGCAAAAGAUGAGGCAAAUUGUGGCGUAUGUGAUGCUCCAGGGGAUCUCCUGGACCUUCUCUUCUGUACCAGCUGUGGAUUGCAUUAUCAUGGUGCAUGUCUGGAAAUUGCCGUAACACCAGUUAAACGUGCUGGUUGGCAGUGCCCUGAGUGCAAAGUAUGCCAGACUUGCAGACAGCCUGGUGCCGACACAAUGAUGCUUGUGUGUGAUGCAUGUGACAAGGGCUAUCACACAUUUUGUUUAAAACCAGCAAUGGAAUCACUGCCUACUGAUAGCUGGAAAUGCAAGAACUGCCGCGUGUGCAGUGAUUGUGGUUCAAGGUCUGCAGGGAGGCAUCCAAAUUCACAGUGGCAUCACAACUAUUCAGUAUGUGAGAAAUGUUACUGGCAAAGGAACAGGGAUACUGCAGUGUGCACACUAUGUGGUAAAACAAAUGAACAAACAGAUGACACGCUAAACUGCCAUAUCUGCCAAAGGUGGAUCCAUGCAGACUGUGGCCCUUCAUCUCCUCUUUUAUCAGGGCAACAGUACACGUGUACAAUGUGUAAAAAUCCAUCACAAAACUCAGGCCUUUCACUUUCUGAGCAUGUUGUUGAGAGGCGACUGAAACCUGGGUCAGUGGAAUCAGAGAAAGUAAAAGAAACUGAAUGGUCUGAAAAGCAGAGGAAGAAUGUUGAACCAGAAAAACAAUUGAAUGAGAGUGUCACUGGAAACCCAUUUCAGAAACAGGAGGGUUCCAUUGAAACUAUUAGUAGUAGUGUGGAAACAGCAAUUCAAAGACGACAACCGUCUGAUGUUGGCACCAAGGAGCAGGUGGAAUCUCAAUCUCUCGUUUCUUCAGAGGAAGGUGGGGUUGAAGACUUAACUACAGUGAAAGAGUUUGAACAUGAGAAACCUGAUGAAGGAUUCCAUUCUUCUCCAAAUAGAGAGGUUUGUCAGACUUCUGAAACUGGAGUAGGUGCUCCACAUUCUGAGAGCAUUAAAAGUGGAGUAAUCACUUCAGUGGAACCUUUGUCUGCAGGAAAAGAAUUGCCAGAACAUUUCAGUUUGGAUCCAGCAGACCAGUUGGAAGAGUUUAUACAGGAGAAGGAAGUAAAAAUGGAGAGUUCAGUUUCUCUGUUAGGCCAGGUAGAGCCAGGUCUUCCUGCAGAGAUGGGUGUCAGUCCCACUGGUUCCAUCCCAGAAGAAUUGAAACCCCACCGCCCUGACCUGAUGGACUCUGCUAGUAACUCUGCCGAAGCACAAUUAGACUUUGCCACCUCUGUUUCGAUCAAGCAGGAGCCUAACCAAAUCCAAACAGACAAAACUGAGCUGUGUGACAUUCCUGCUGAUUCAAGCUGUAGCUUCGUGGAGAGAGGUGAAGUUUCUGAUAUAGUCUCGGAUGGAACGGAGACCAGGGAUAAUCCUGUUGAAAUGGAAAUUAAUGAUAUUGUGACCCCUAUGGAGGUUGUACCUGCAGUAAAUAAGCUAAAGACUGAGCAAGAUGCUCAAAUGGAGGUGCAGGAUAUUGGGAGCACAGACCCUGUCAGUAACAUGUUCAUUAAAUCCGAGAUAGUAGAGGAAAUAUCGAAUCAAAGUCAAACGGACUCGAACAGCACCUGCUUAGAACCAGAUUAUCCAGUUACUUUGGACCGUGAUCCCAGUCUGGCUACUAUGGAUGUUUGCAUGACCAUAGCAGAUGAUGUUUCUCCAAGGGUGGAAGAAGAAGCUGAAAAGUCCAAUUCAGAUCUCCGGUUAACAGAAACUGAAGAUUCCCUCCCAGCUGACUCUGGAAUGAUGAAGAGUGAAUCUGGCAAGCCUGCUAUAAUGAAGAGGCGCUUUUCACCAGGUCGCCCUCGAGUCAAGCAGGGUCGUUGCAACAGUUUUCCAGGCAAAAAACGACCCCGUGGUGGCGGGCAUGUUGGGCGAGGACGAGGGCGAUCACGUUUGAAAUCUGUGUCUGGAAUCUUGGAGUCUCUAGGGUCUACAGGAGUGGAUACAUCUCCAAGUAAAGAGGAAGAUGACGAUGAUGAUACAAUGCACAACACAGUGGUUCUCUUCUCCACUGAAGACAAAUUUAUUCUCCUACAGGAUAUGUGUGUGGUGUGUGGGAGUUUUGGACGAGGGGUAGAGGGACAGCUUUUGGCCUGUUCACAGUGUGGGCAGUGCUAUCACCCAUACUGUGUCAAUAGUAAGAUUACAAAAGUUAUGUUGAGCAAAGGGUGGCGUUGCUUGGAAUGUAUCGUAUGUGAAGCAUGUGGAAAAGCUUCUGAUCCUGCUCGUUUAUUGUUAUGUGAUGACUGUGAUAUAAGUUACCACACGUAUUGCCUGGAUCCACCAUUGCAAACUGUUCCAAAGGGUGGGUGGAAAUGCAAGUGGUGUGUUUGCUGUACACAGUGUGGUGCCACAACACCUGGUUUUCACUGUGAGUGGCAGAAUAACUACACUCACUGUGCACCUUGUGGCAGCCUUGUUACUUGUCCUAGUUGCAAUGAAGACUAUGAAGAAGAAGAUCUUCUCAUACAGUGUCACCACUGUGAUCGGUGGGUCCACGCCAUCUGUGAAAAUCUCUUCACAGAAGAUGAAGUUGAACAAGCAGCAGAUGAGGGCUUUGAUUGUACUGCAUGUGAGCCCUUUGUUGUUCGUCCAAUUGUUCGAAGUGAAUCCCCCGUCAUUGCACCUAUCAUCAAAGUCAAGGAUCCAGAUUUGAUUUAUUCAUAUGUAGAGCCACGGUUUUAUAAUCACGACGGCGUAUGGCUGACAGAGUCGGGCAUGUCACAGUUCCGAAGUCUUAUACUUUCUCCGCCGCACAAAAAAGGACCAAAGCCCAAACUAAAGAACAAACCUCCGACACCAUGCAGUGAGCCAAUGAUGGUUAGUGUAGAUGGCUCAUCUAUAGAAAUAAAGAAAGAAGAAGGUGAAGGCGAGGAGGAAAAAGUUGCCAUGGAACCAGGGGAGUGUGAUGUAAAAUUUGAUGCACCUGUCAGCCAAGAGCGAGAGGUGUGCCCAGUGAAUGAUCCUGUAAAAGCAAGUGAAGAAACUGAGGAAGGGAAGAAGAGGAAGAGGAAGCCAUACAGACCUGGAAUUGGUGGAUUUAUGGUCCGUCAGAGGCAAUCCCGGACAAAAAAUUUGAGUAAAACCUCUGGACCACAGCCUGGAGUGUCCACUGAAUGUCCAAACACUGAAGGCACCAAAGAAGAAGGUACUCAGAUGGACCUUUCAGCCGAAGGUGCUGCUGAUACGCCUGUAAUAGGUGCCGAUGUAUGUGAAAAGGCAAAGAAACGGCAACGUCGAAAGAAAAGCAAGUUGGAGGAUUCUUUUCCAGCAUAUCUACAGGAAGCGUUCUUUGGAAAAUCACUGCUGGACAGCAGUCGGAAGGUUUGCCUCAGUUCAGAGGGUUUCUCUGACAGUGAAAGCACUGAGUUUCCACAAGCCACGACUCAAGCGGACUCGGCACCUCAGCAGAAGGAUUUAAUUGAGGAAAAGCAUGAUGGAGCCCAUGGAAAGGCUCCUGAUGCAAAGACAAUCCAAGCCAUCCCAGAACAUAAUGGAGAUCCAAUCCCUGAUGAACCACCUAAAACUGAAGAAACACAACCAGAUGGAAUGGCUGGGAUUGACAUCUCAUCCGUUACGGAUGAGCUUUCAGCCAAUCAUCCAAAUGAGAGCUCAAAGCGAAAUCAGCCUUUCAAUGAUGUUCCAGUGGAGGGUGCCCUCAGCUCAGAUCUUGACAAGAUUGUAACAGAAGAACUAGCACAAAUGGAGAGUAAAGAUGUACAACAGCUCUUCACUGAUGUUUUGGGAUCACAGGGAAAUCCUCCACUUUCAGAAUCAACAUUGGGUGGUAUCCGACCUGCCUCCGAAAGCCAUCUUCUCACUUCUCAUGGCUUGGGAGAGCUUAUCAGACCUUCAGUAUGCCAGCGGGGUCUCCUUCCUGGAGGGACGAUGGCAGUUGGGCAACUUACUAUUGGUGGUCCUCUGGCGCAGACAUCAGGUGCAACUGGGGAGUCAUUUCCCAAUGUAUGUCAGUCACCGUUUCUAGAAAACAGGGAAAGGAGUAUACCUUUCAGCCCAGACAGCGGGGAGCAACAGAGCCCGUGGACAACCCCUGCCACCCCAGCUACCCCAACCACUCCAACUACCCCAACCACUCCUACCGAGGGAGAAGGAGAUGGGCUGUCCUACAACCAGCGAAGUAUACUUAGAUGGGAAAAAGAUGAGGCUUUGGGGGAAUUAUCAACCAUAUCACCUGUUCUCUACGCAAAUAUCAACUUCCCGAACCUGAAACAUGAUUACCCAGACUGGGCAAGUCGUUGUAAGCAGAUCACUAAGAUUUGGAGAAAGGUACCGGCAACUGACAAAGCACCAUUUCUGCAAAAGGCCAAAGACAACAGGGCAGCUCAGCGCAUCAACAAAGCACAGAAGCAAGUUGAUAUGCAAGGUAACAGGCAGCCCAAAAUUGAGAGACCAGAUGUAAAACAGGAUCGUAAACCACCCCGUCAUCUGCAAACCUUGACUCAGAAUACUGCAGUGAGCAGUCUCACUUCUGCAACGUUAGUUGGGGGGAAUUCCAGUUCACCAGCAGAACUAAGGAUUGAAGGUUUACGCCAGAAUUCUACUUUGUACGGUAACAAAUCAUUUACUACCUCGGCCAAUGAAUUUGUGAAAUUGCAGUCAGCAAGCCCAUCGUCUACAGACUCCAACAGUGAUUUGUUUCCAAAACUGCACAUGCAGUCUCCAACUGGAAUUGUAGCCCAGGAUCCUUUUGGGCAUUCACUCACACCAUACCCUCAGGAACCAAACGUUCAGUCUUCCAGUAAUCCAAGUCAAGCACCAGCAUGGAACAGCCCCCAUCACCAAUCGGGUGUACCUCGUCCUGUUGUUCCAGGCCGACCACAGCUUGUUGGUUCUUCGGAGCUGCAUUCUACAACAGCAGGCACGUCACACCAUCAGCUCCCUUUAACUCCUGACUCUUACCUUCGAUCUAGAGUGCUUGGUGAGUCGCAUGAUAGCCACACAGUUGAUCAGCCUUUAGGAAGUCCAGGGUUUCGUUCAUCGCAGGCAACAGAUUGUUACGCGAAACCAACUGAAACUUUAACGUUACCAUCAUCAACUGGGGAACAGUUAAGGCGACUCUCAGAUUCAGAGGUUGGAGCACAACACACCAGAAAUGAACAGUAUGCAGGAGUCAUGAGGCAAGAUUUGAGUGCAAAUUCCUUGGCACUUUACAGAGCUGCAAUGUUGGAUCCAAGUAUGAAUGUACGGUCACUCUCUGAUGGGAGGGACAGAGAUAUCUUCAAAGCACCUUUAACUCCCAGAUCAUCGUAUAUGGACCAAACGCCCAUAGUACCUACUCAGCGUUCUCAGGAACUACACCCUCAGUCUCAGGGUGUCUCACCACAAACUCAGACAGAUUUGUACAGGCAGUCUCCUUCUACACCAUUUUCUGAUCCAUAUCAUCAACCUCCUUUGACACCACGGCCAUCUUCUAGUGAAAGCUGCUCUCCGCUACCUCCUAAAUCUCUCCCUUCUGAUUCUCUUUCCAGGGUCCCCAUGAGUCCACAGUCUCAGUGCAGUUCACCAUUGACACCCAGGCCACAUUCCAAUGAGACAUUUUCUCAGUCUCCCAUUGCUUCUAGAUUCCAAUCACCAGAUCCUUAUUCUAGGCCACCUUCAAGAGAUCCUUAUGCUCAGCUUCACAAGCCACAGAGACCCCAAAUGGUUGACACAGGAUUUAAAUCCUCACCAGUGCCUCACGGGCAACCACCUGGUACAAUUCCGCAUUCAGCAAUGUUUUCUCAACACACUGACAGCUUAAAAACAGCUUAUGUAAUGCAGCCUCAAUCGCCAAGACCUCACUCUUUUGAUGCAUGUUCCAAGACGUUUACCAGUGCUCAGCCACAAAGUCCAUUUCCAUUCACUUCUUCACCAGGCGAUAUGGUGAAAGAAACCCAUUCUCAGCAGUCAAUAUCUCAGAUGCCGCGAGCAAAUAAUUUUCCACAAAGUCACCUGAUGGGCAGCCAGCUCAAUACAAAUGAUGCUCAUUGUCCUCAGCUCAAUGCCAGUAAUCAGUCAGGACUUCCAGAUUCAGCAUCUAUCACAAGAGAUGAAACUUUCACCAGUAUGCCUUUACGGCCAUCCUUGAUCAAGCAGGAUACACUACCUUUGCAGCAAGAUUGUUCGUACCAAACUUCAAGCAGCCGUUCAGUGACUGAUUCAUCUCCAUCAGAGAGAAGCAGUGAGAGUUCCACACCGGUGCAUCCCCCGGCAUCUCCCAGCAGAGAUUUGCAUGAGCUUCCAUUUAACAGGGGAACACAAGCUGGCAAUCUCAGUCAGACAGAGCUGGAGAAACAGAGACAGCGGCAGAGAUUGCGUCAGCUUUUGAUCCGUCAGCAAAUACAACGGAAUAACUUACGUCAGGAGAAAGAACAGGCUGCUGCAUGCGGGGGAGGCACUACUACAACUAGUUGGUCGCAGGAAAGUUCAAGCCAGCCCCAUGAGCUACAGACAAGAGCACCACCUCCAUACCCCCUCUCCCAGGAUCGGUCUGGCCUGAGAGGGCUAAUCCCUGGCUCAGGAAAUGGAAGACUAAUAAAUCCGGUGGUCAUAGAUAAACAGCGAUUGUUUCCUCAGGAUGAGAAUCUGUGUAGGCCUCCACAGCCAGGCAGUACCCCUACUGGUGAAGUAAACACUUCCAGACAAUCAGGAGUUGGUAACCCGCAAGGAUUUCACCCAAGAAGCUUACCAGCUGCUCAACAACAACAGUGGCAGCAGCAGUUAGCACAAAGACUUCCUGGACAGACUCGUUUCCAGCAACCUGAGGCUUUGCAUGUUAGCAGGCCUGCAAUGACCAUGCAAAUGAACAACACAACUGGACUUAACCCUCGACUUGCCACUCAGAUCACUUUUCAAAAUGCACAGCAACAAAUUGUGGCUUCACCAAUUCCUGUGAGCCCUCAGUACAUAGAACUGAGACACAAUUCCCAACGCUUACCCAUUGCUGCCCAAUUGACACAACGUGCUCCCCAGCCAAGACCGCGUCUUCCACUACCAAAUCAAGAAAUCAAUCAGUAUGUGCACCAAAUGCAAGGAUGCAAGGUCAUGUCAAGGGGUCCAAGUACACCUUUGUCGCAGUCACCAGUUGGGAUUGCACUCUUACCCCAGCAGAAUAUCUCUGCUCAGUUGCCGCCAUCUCCUCAAUCAGUGGAAGUAUCAAAUGCCCAACAGCAUAUCCAAACAAAAGAGCCUUUAGAAUCUACUGCACAAGUUCAAUCACAACAGGUGUUUCAAACUACUUCAUCGACAUCAUCCUCUCCUAGUUGCUGCUCAGACAAUUUGAAAGACAGCUCUGUAUCCUUUCCACUUAACUCUGUCCCAUCGAUGUCCAGUGUAGUUACAGAGCAUGCAGAUUUAGAUCCUCGGAAAAUCCCUUGUGAUGAUUCAGUAGAAAAAGCCUUAGAUGAAGAACUUGACUCGCCUAAAGAGCUAGAUGAAGAAGAUGACCUUGCCAAUCUGAGUCUUGACCCAGACAGUAAGACAGAUGAUGAACUUGGUAACCUUGAUAACCUAGAAACCAAUGACCCCCAUCUAGAUGAUCUCUUGAAGUGUGAAGAGUUUGAUCUACUGGCCUAUACUGACCCUGAGCUAGACACAGGUGACAAAAAGGACAUUUUUACAGAGCAGUUACGUUUAGUAGAAUCUGCAAAUGAGAAGGCAGAGGAAGGGCAGGAUAUUCUAGCUCAUCAAGAUGCUGUAAACCCUGCAAUUAAAGGUACGCUCAAUAAAGUUAACAAAUCUGAUUUGGAAAAAACGGCAAAGGGAGAUGAGCGUGAAAAAACAUUGCCUAAAUCCGAUAUUGUUGCAGAUACACUGCCUACAUCCGAUAGGGUUAUGUGUGGAUCAGUGAAUAACGUCACUUCAGAGACAAACAGUAGCAAUCAGUGCAGUGAUCCAGUUAACAGGGCCCCAUCUACUGACGAUCCUCCCAAACCUACUCUUGAUCUAGUACUGAAGGUUGAGGAGAAUAUCUCCAAAAAUUCAACCUGCCAAUUUGUAGCAAACACAGCUGAUGCACAGACAGUUUUGAUAAAAUCAGAAAGUCAGUCAAAGGGAAAUGGUGAGAGAGGGGCAGCAUCAGUGCUACUCAGUAUUGGAACUGGCCUUAGUGUUAACGUAAGUGUAGCGCAAUGUCAUAGCACUGAAUGUACUACCAGUGGAACACAAACUACUGCUCAAAGUGGUACAGUUGCUUCAAGUGGUCAUGGGACUGCACAUAUUUCCAGCAAUGGUCAUUCUAACUUGGAUUUAGAAAGUAAACCUUGUACAUCUUCGGCUCAGAUAGUGUCAAAGAUACCACUAGCUGCCCAGUCUAGACCAACAAUGGAUAAACUUGGACUAGACGAGAUGUGCCAUCAUGUGUCCAGUAUGGAACCAAAACGUCGAUCUGUGGAUGACCUUGUUAAGGUAGAGAGUUCCCUGGAAGCAAGUGAGCUUCCACUACUCCUCCAUGACUUACUUGAGCAAGAGAAAAUGGAAUUGCAGCAGCAACAAUUGGGAGGAUCACAGUGUAUACCACCGCAACAACCGCAGCAGCAUUCAACACCGAAGGCUGUCCAAGUUCUGCAACAACUUGAAGUUUCACAUCAACAGAGUCAUCCAGGACUUUCUCAACACCUUUCAACAACACAACAAUCUCAACACCUUGAGGGGCCAUCACAAAAUUUAAACCUACCACAACAACAUAUCCUGGGAGUGAUACAGCAUCAUCACUUGGGGAUCCCAAGAUCUCUUCCAUCUUCCCAGCAGCAACAGUUGACAGCGUCACAGCAACGGCUUGGAACCUCACCACAUGUCGUCAUGUCGCAGCAGCAGCAGCAGCAGCAUGUGGCAACAGGGCAACACACACCGCAGCAGUUGGUGGCUACGCAACAGAAUCAGCAUAUGACCUCACCACAAUUGCUGUCAACUCAGCAGUUGGCUGUUUCGCAGUUGGGCAUCAUGCAGCAGACUCAGCAAGUUGUGAUGCAACAGCAGCAACAAUUAGCCAAUGCUUUCUUCCCAGAUACAGAUUUGGAUAAAUUUGCAGCUGAUGAUAUCAUGGACCCUAUUGCCAAGGCAAAAAUGGUGGCUUUGAAGGGAAUUAAAAAAGUCAUGGCACAAGGAAACAUCACUGUAGCACCAGGGAUGAAUAGGCAGCAGGUUUCAUUGUUGGCACAAAGGUUGGCUGGGGCUCCAGGAACAAAUGAGACGCAGACAAAAUUGACACCUGGAAACAGUCAGCAGGAGGCUAAUAGUGACCAAAUGCAGGCUCGGCCAAAUCCACCAACCUUUGUCCAAGGGUUUAUCAAUGAGGCAGAGCACCGUCAAUAUGAAGAAUGGCUGCUCCAUACACAGCAGCUGCUUCAAAUGCAGCUGAAAUUUUUAGAAGAACAAAUUGGCGUCCAUAGGAAGUCCAGGAAAGCAUUAUGUGCCAAGCAACGAACUGCUAAAAAGGCAGGGCGUGAGUUCCCCGAAGCAGAUGCAGAAAAACUUAAACGGGUGACAGAGCAACAAAGUAAAAUCCAGAAACAACUUGAUCAGGUCCGUAAACAACAAAAGGAGCAUACAAAUCUGAUGACAGAAUAUCGGAAUAAACAGCAACAGAAAUGCUCUUUAUCUCCUUCGGGGAUGAUGCCAACAACCUCAUCCCAGAAUCCGAGAGUAAUGCCCAAACUUUCAACACCCAUGUUAUCAGCAGCAUUAGCCCAGCAAGGAGGCGCAAUCCUUGGAUCUCCAGCAAUAGCUCAACAACCAAGUACACUAAUAGGGCACACAGGAAAUCUAAGAGUGCCACAAAUUGGGGCUACAGUACCACUGCAGCAGGGCCCAGCAUUCUUAACGUCAGCUGUGACCCAGCAACCAGAAUAUCCCCCUUCCUCAGGAACUGUAUCUUCUGCUCCUUCAACCAGUUUUUUUUCUGGAAAUUCUGCUGCUCAAACGCUUACAAAUGAAAGCAGACUCCUGCAGGAGCGACAGCUUCAACUGCAACAAAGAAUGCAACUUAUUCAACAGCAAGGACUUGUUGGGCCAUCUCAGCAGCAAAGCAUCAUGGGGAAGUUACAGCAGCAAGGUAUCAUUGGGCAGCUUCAGCCAACAACGCAACAAAGUAUUGUGGGUAACAAAGCAACACAGCAGGGUAUCAUGGGUCAACAGCAGCAAGCCUUCAUUGGCCAACAGCAAGGGAUUGUUGUCCAGUCACAACAUCAACCUGCUCAGCAGCAGCAAGUUCUUGCAGGGCAGCAGCUACCACAACAGCACAAUAACAUUGGUCAAACACAGCAACAGUCAGCAACACAGCACCAACAGAGUCUGGCACCUCAACAGCAGCAUUUGAGGUUGCUGAGUCAACAGCAAGGCCUCCUUGUGCAUCAGCAACCCCACCAACAGGGUCUUGCAAGUCAUCCAAAACCUCAACGGCCCCAGCAAGGUCUUAUGGCUCAGCAGUUGACGCAUCAGCAAGGUCUUGCAGUUCAACAACAAGUGCUUACUUCUCAGCAGCAGCAACAGAAUCUGGUUUUACAGCAGCAGACAUCCAAUGCUCCUUUGCAACAGCAAGGGCUCAUAGGGCAUCAACAAGGAGUUGUAUCCCAGAAUCAGCAAUUGGGGACAAUACCACUACAGCAGCAUCAUCUUCAGGCUGUAUCAGGACAACUCCAUCCCCAAAGUGUUAUCAGACCAAACAAUAUCCUGAGACUUUCCACAUCCUUCCAACAGCAAAGCACAAUGGGGCAUCAAGCUCGAAUGCAGAGUAUAAUGAGGCAGCAAUCUCAGGAUGUUUUGGGCCAACAUCUUGCAACACAAGGCAUAAUGGGACAGCAGACUCCUCUGCAAGUCAUCAGGCACCAAUUGCCAGGCAUGAUAGGGCAGGGCAUGAGGCAGCAGCAUCCACCCCAGGUCUCAGUGGAGCAAGGACAGCAGCCUCCAGGAACAAUGGGACAGGGACAGCAGCAUCAGCCCCAGAGCACAAUUGGACAGGGACAGGAAAAUCAGCCCCAUGCUGUUUUGGGAAUCGGACAGCAACCACAGCCUUCUCUCCAGUCGCAGGGAGCAAUGGGGAUGGAGCAGCAGCAGCAACCUCUUCAAACCCAGGGAAGGAUGGGGCAGCAGUCACAGCCACUAUCCCAGCCCCAAGGCAUGGUGGAACAAGGAGUUGGACAGCAGAACUCAAUGGGUCAGCAGCCUCCUCAGGGUCCACUAGGGCAAGGAAUGCCACAACAACAGUCAUCCCAAGGGACAAUGGGGAUGGGACAGCAACAACAGUCACCCCAGAGUACAGUGGGGCUGGGACUGCAGCAAACGCAGGCUCAGGUCACAAUGGGGAUGGGAAAGCAGCAGCCCCACCAACAGGCUGCAAUGGUGGUUGGACAGCAACACACCCAGCCUCCGGGUGGGGUGGGCAUGGGGCAGCAACAAGCCCAGCCUCAGGGCGUGGUGAGAAUGGGGCAGCAACAGGCCCAGCCUCAGGGCGCAUUGGGGAUGGGGCAGCAGCAGGCCCAGCCUCAGGGCACAGUGGGAAUGGGACAGCAACAGGCCCAGCCUCAGGGCGUGGUGGGAAUGGGACAGCAACAAGCCCAGCCUCAGGCCUCGGUGGGAAUGGGGCAGCAACAGGCCCAGCCUCAGGUCUCAGUGGGAAUGGGGCAGCAACAGGCCCAGCCUCAGGUCUCGGUGGGAAUGGGGCAACAACAGGCCCAGCCUCAUGCCUCUAGUAUGGGGCAGCAACAGGCCCAGCCUCAGGCCUCUGGAAUGGGACAGCAGCAAGCCCAGCCUCCGGGUGCAGUGGGGAUGGGACAGCAGCAGGCCCAGCCUCAGGGCGGGACGGGGAUGGGACAGCAACAGGCCCAGUCUCGGGGCGGGCUGGACAUGGGACAGCAGUUGGCCCAGCCUCAAGGCGGGAUGGGCAUGGGACAGCAACAGGCCCAGCCUCCGGGCACGGUGGGGAUGGGGCAGCAACAGGCCCAGCCUCAGGGCACGGUGGGGAUGGGACAGCAACAGGCCCAGCCUCAGGGCACGGUGGGGAUGGGACAGCAACAGGCCCAGCCUCAGGGCGCGGCAGGGAUGGGACAGCAACAGGUCCAGUCUCAGGGCGCGGCGGGGAUGGGACAGCAACAGGCCCAGCCUCCGGGCGCGGCAGGGAUGGGACAGCACCAGGCCCAGCCUCAGGGCGCGGCGGGGAUGGGACAGCAACAGGGUCAGCCUCAGGGCGUGGUGGGGAUGGGACAGCAACAGGCCCAGCCUCAGGGCACGGUGGGACUGGGGCAGCAACAGGCCCAGCCUCAGGGUGUAGUGGGAAUGGGACAGCAGCAGGCCCAGCCUCAGGGCGCAUUGGGGAUGGGACAGCAACAGACCCGGCCUCAGGUCGCAUUGGGGAUGGGACAGCAACAGACCCGGCCUCUCAGCGCAGUGGGAAUGGGACAGCAACAGUGUCAGCCUCAUGGCACAGUAGGGAUAGGACCACAACAGGCCCAGUCUCAGAGCAUGUUAGGGACAGGACAGCAACAGGUGCAGCCUCAGGGCGCAGUGGGAAUGGGACAGCAGCAGGCCCAGCCUCAGGGUGGGGUGGGGAUGGGACAGCAACAGCCGCAGCCUCAGGGUGCAGUGGAAAUGGGACAGCAACAGGCCCAGCCCCCCAGUACAGUGGGAAUGGAACAACAACAUAUGCAGUCUCAGGGUGUAGUGGGGAUGGAACAGCAACAGAUGCAGUCUCAGACUGCAGUGGGAAUGGGACGUCAACAGCCCCAGCCUCGUGGCACAUUGGGGAUGGGACAGCACCAGGCCCAGCCUCUGGGAACACUGGGGAUGGAGCAGGUGCAGACCCAGCUUCAGGGCACGGUGGGGAUGGGGCAGCAACAGGCCCAGUCUCAGGGCACAGUGGGGAUGGAGCAGGUGCAAGCCCAGCCUCUGGGCACUGUGGGGAUGGGACAGCAACAGGCCCAGUCCCAGGGCACACUUGGAAUGGGACAGCAACAAGCUCAUCAUCAGGGCACACUGGGGUUGGGGCAGCAGCAGGCCCAGCCUCUGAGCACAGUGGGAAUGGGACAGCAACAAGCCCAUUAUCAAGGUGCAGUGGGAUUGGAGCAGCAACAAGCCCAAUCUCAGGUUGCACUCGGAAUGGGACACCAACAGCAAUCAUCCCAGAAUACGGUGGGGCUGGGACAGCCUCCGGGUACGUUGGGGGUGGGGCAGCAGCAGCACUUAUCCCAGGAUGCACUGGGAAUGGGGCAGCAACAGCCUCCGCUUCAAGGCACAGUGGGAAUGGAACAGCAGCAGGUUCCGCCUCAGGGCACAGUGGGGAUGGGACAGCAGCAGGUUCCGCCUCAGGGUACAGUGGGGAUGGGACAGCAGCAGGCCCAGCCUCAGGGUACAAUAGGAAUGGGACAGCAACAGGUCCAGUCUCAGGGCACAGUGGGAAUGGGGCAGCAACAAGCCCAGCCUCUGGGCACAGUGGGGGUGGGACAGCAACAGGCCCAGCCUCAAGGUGCGAUAGGAAUGGGACAGCAGCAGCAGUCAUCCCAGGGCAUAGUGGGUCAACAACGCCAGCCUCCGGGCAUGACAGGCAUUGUUCAGCAGCAGCCCCAGCCUCAGCCUCAGGGCACAAUGGGGAUGGGACAUCCCCAGCUUCGGGGCACAGUGGGGAUUGGGCAACAAUCUCAGCCUGAGGGUCAGAUGGGACAGGUAAAGCAACAGCCUCGAGGUUUGAUUGGGAUGAGACAAGGACAGCAGCAACAACUGCUGCAGGGCCUGAUGGGGCAGUGGCAACUUCAGCCUCAGGCUGGAAUUCGGCAAGGGCAGUUGCCACAGAGCUUAAUAGGUCAAGAGCAGGGACAGCAACAGCCAUGUCCACAGAGUAUUUUGGUGCAGGGUCAGGGACAGCAACAAUUGCAGAAUCUGAUAGGACAGAGACAGUCACCAAGUACUAUGGGGCAAGGACAGCGCAUGCAGAGCUUAGUUACAGUUGGCGGGCAACAAUCCCUCCAGGCUUCUGGUAUGAUGGGGCAGGAGAAAGAGCAGGAACAACAACCCACAAGCACAGUGAGGCAAGGGCAACAGCAAGGCAAAAUGGUAAUGGAACAAGAGCCUUUACUGCCGUCCCAGUGCAUAAUGGGGCAGGACCGUAACCAGCCAUCAACUCAGAAUAUGGUGAGGCAGCAACAGCUAUCCAAGAAUCCAGCAGGACUUGUGCACACUCAGGGUAUGAUAUAUCAGAAUUUACAAACACGAGCAGUGACAUCAGUGCAGCAACCAACGCAGCAAGGUGUUGCAGGGCAGCCGCGACUUGUGAGUCAGCAUGGUCAAUUAAUGAGACGUGUGCAACAACAAACCGUAGCAGGUCUACAACAAAACAAUGGUCUCAGUUUGCAAGGAGUGGUGCGAGUCACAACAUCUCAGCAGCAUGGAACUUUGGGAGAUCCAAGACAUGGGGUACAAAACAUCGUAACUUCACAGUCAUUUCAGCAACAGCAUGCAGGUCUGCGUUCAGUUCAUAUAACUGGCCAGCAGAUUGGUUUAGGCCAUUUUCGUCCAGGCAUGGUCUAUGUUCAGCAGGUUAAAGCAGAACAUGGCGGGAAGCCACAAGAGAUGGCUCACCUACUUCAAAGCAAGCGCGCAAGGCAGAAUGUGGGAUCAGGAAGUGAAUUAGUGUCUGGCCAAGCUCAUUCCAAUCAUUCGCAAAUGUCACGUCCAGAAUUAAAUCAAACUAAUUUGGGAGAUGUACCUCCACAAGGUGAAACUUUGGAAACAGUAAUACAGCUGCAACCAGAAUUGCUUAAAGACAAUGAGUCUGAAGAAAGUAGUGUUUGCGUGACAGACCCAGUAGCAAUUAUGCCUCAAAAGGUACCUGAUUCAAACUCUGCUACGUCAGCAGUAAAACCACAUGGGAUUAUUGGAAAAGCAAGCUCAGGUACUGAGGUGCAGACCAGUAUUAAUGUUGAGAUCCAUGAACAAAGUGACUUGAAGACCGCUUGUACAUUUGACUUCCCAAUAUCGCCCCAAAGCCAUGCAGCAAAAGAGGAAUGUACUGGACUGAGAUCAGAAUCAUCGCUGUUGAAUCAAACCAAUGGGCAAGAGGAAUAUGCACAGAAAGUCACAGGAAAGCAAGACAAUUGUUCUAAAUUACAGGAAUGUGUUGCUAAGGACGCCAACACAGGGGGUAAAGGUCACACAGUGAAACAGGAAAGCAUUGAUGCAAUUCGCUGUGGAUUUCCAGAAGGAACUGUGAAGCGAGAGUCAAAUACUGACUGUAUCAGUGCUUUGAAUGCAGGGGAUCAUUCUUUUCUUGCUCCAAGGUCUGAGGCUGGACAGCUGCUGCUUCAGAAAUUGUUACGCACUAAGAACUUGCAGCUUGUUGCACAGCGCUCUGGAGAUGGGACACACUUGACUGUGAAAAGUCACAUUGAAAGCAAAGCUGUGAUGAUUGAUCGAAAACUACAAGGUGCAACUACAAAUUCAGAGAUAAAGGAAUUUCAGGAAAUUAGCAAGAAAAACUUGGGCCCAAAAACAAAACGGACACAAAAAUCAACUGAUAGAGGCAGCAACUCUCGAAAGAAGAAUAAAAAGGAUGAAGGAAUAAAAACUACUGAUGCCCUAAUGAAGCAGUUACAACAGCAACUCUCCCUUCUUCCUUUGGUGGAACCUACCAUUGAAGUGAACUUUGGUCUCUUUCCUCCAUUUGGGAGCAGUCCAGUCAACAGCAAAAAUCAGCUGAAAGGGUCAUUUGGAAAUGCUGUGCUAGACAAUGCACCAGAUUACUACUCUCAGCUUCUCUACAAGCAGAACAAUCUGAGUAAUCCACCGACCCCGCCUUCCUCAUUGCCUCCUACCCCUCCUCCCUCUGUCCAGCAGAAACUUGUGAAUGGAUUGGCCACUUCUGAGGAGCUGACAGAAGGGCAGAAAGAACUCGAAGGUCAAAAAGAUCUGCUAACAACAGAAUUGAAGAAUAUGGAUAUGUUGGCUUCCUUGCCCACACCACCGCACAACCAAAAUGAGGAGCUAAGUAGAGCAGAGAUAGAAGAGGACCGACACACACCGGACAGCAUUGUGCUCGCAUCCUCACCGGAAAGUGUGUUUGGGCAAGAAACAUCCAGGUUUCCCUUGCUGACUGAAAUUAAGGAAGAGUCAAUGGACCGUGCCCUUUCUCCUGUGAUUCCCAUAAUUCCAGGAGCUUGUAUUCCAGUAUUUCCGGAUGCAAAGCCAUUUGUAAGUAUAGAGCCACUUGUGGAAAAUACUGAGAAGGGUGCGUCUUUGUCUGAGCCAUGGAAGAGUGGUAAAGGAAACCAAGUUGCAGUCACACUGGAUGUCUCAGGAGCAGCUGCCAAGGACAUAAACAGAAUGAUGACAACUUUUGCUCAGUUGCUUCAGAUGAAGAUCCCAAGUUCUUAUGAGGUUACAUCUGUUCCUGACAGUCCACGUUCUUUUUUACCUGAUGGGAAAAAAACCAUCUUGGAUGCUCCUGAUCAAGUGGGUUCCAAAGAAGAACCAAUGGAUCUGGAGAAACUGGUGCUGGAAAAACAUAAUUGGUUCAAACAGUAUGAUGUCUCAUUACCAGGCUCUACUGUUAAAGCAUCAGGAAAAGAGCUUGCAACUGUCACGCCGGAAGCUUCCUCAGACUGUCCAAUAAAGGAAAGAAUUGUAGUGCAUCAUUAUAGUAACAAUAUGUCUGUCCUAGAUGUUCACCAGCUUCCCAUAUUACAACCAGAGAGCUCUCCACUCUCAUCCCCCAGUGUAUCGUCACCUGGGACUCCAGCAGAGUCAAAUAAACCUGAUCCACCAGUCGAGUCACCGAAAAUCAAACAUUCUCUUCCACUGGAUGAAAAGCAGUUUGAGGAACCUCCGCCACAACUGAAGAGGUGGAGGGGAAUCCGUUGGAAACGUUUGGAGUUUAAAGUCUUAUUUCACAAGGGGAAGUUUAAGCAUGUGUUUCAGCAUGAAAUUGAAGAACUUAUUCAGAAACUGGGAACAUCGUUAAAACCAGACCCCCUGCCCAAGGACACGAGGAGAUGCUGCUUCUGUCAUGAAGAAGGUGAUGGAAUGACAGAUGGGCCUGCAAGACUCUUGAACCUUGAUUUGGAUUUGUGGGUCCACCUAAACUGUGCAUUGUGGUCCUCUGAAGUGUAUGAGACUCAGGCAGGGGCACUGAUAAAUGUGGAAGUGGCUUUUCACCGAGGACUCACCACGAAGUGUGCUUUUUGUCAGAAGACUGGAGCCACUACUGGUUGUCAUCGGGUGCGAUGCCCAAACACCUAUCAUUUUGCUUGUGCUAUUCGUGCCCGUUGUAUGUUUUUUAAGGACAAGACGAUGCUUUGCAGUCAACAUAAACUGAAGGGAGCAAAUGAGCAGGAAAUUAGAUGUUUUGCUGUUUACCGCCGUGUCUAUAUUCAGAGAGAUGAAGUGAAGCAGAUCGCUAGCAUUGUACAGCGUGGCAAGCGCAGUCACAUGUUUAGGGUUGGUGGACUGAUUUUCCAUACCAUUGGUCAGUUGCUGCCCCAUCAGAUGCAGGAAUUCCACAGUGUGACAGCUCUUUAUCCCAUUGGAUAUGAAGCAACACGGAUUUAUUGGAGCAUGCGAUACACUAACAAGCGUUGCUGCUACCACUGCACCAUCAAUGAUACAAAUGGGAAACCGGAGUUUGGCAUCCAGGUUAUUGAGCAAGGGCAUGAGGAUCUGAUUGUUACUGAUUGGACCCCACAAGGUGUUUGGAACCGAAUUCUUGAACCAAUUGUGCAACUGCGGAAAGAAGCGGAAAUGUUACGACUUUUUCCUGAUUACAUUAAAGGAGAGGACAUGUUUGGACUCACUAUUCAUGCUGUUCUAAGGAUUGCCGAGUCGUUGCCAGGUGUGGAGAGUUGUCAGAACUAUAUAUUCAGGUAUGGUCGGCACCCGCUUAUGGAGCUCCCGCUAGCUGUCAAUCCAACAGGCUGUGCCCGAUCUGAGCCGAAAAUUAUGACUCACUACAAACGGCCGCACACCUUGAACAGCACCAGCACAUCAAAAGCAUUUCAGAGUACAGUAACUGGAGAAAUUAACACUCCCUACAGCAAGCAGUUUGUUCACUCCAAAUCUUCUCAGUACCGCCGACUGAAAACCGAGUGGAAAAAUAAUGUUUACCUGGCUCGAUCUCGAAUACAGGGUCUGGGUCUCUACGCAGCCAAAGACCUUGAGAAGCACACAAUGGUAAUUGAAUACAUAGGGACAAUCAUUCGCAAUGAGGUUGCAAACCGCAGGGAGAAAUUGUACGAGACUCAGAAUCGAGGUGUUUAUAUGUUUCGAAUCAAUAAUGAGCAUGUGAUUGAUGCUACUUUAACUGGAGGCCCAGCCAGAUAUAUCAAUCAUUCUUGUGCCCCCAACUGUGUCGCAGAGGUUGUGACCUUUGACAAGGAGGACAAAAUAAUUAUUAUCUCAAGCAGGCGAAUUCCAAAAGGAGAGGAGCUGACUUAUGACUAUAAGUUUGAUUUUGAAGAUGAUCAGCACAAGAUUCCAUGUCACUGUGGAGCACUCAACUGCAGAAAGUGGAUGAAUUAAAACAUUUAAAGCAAUUUUAGCUGAGUCAGAAUUUACAAUUUCAAAUCAUUCAGAAUUCUGGACUUUGUAUCUGAUACACUCAGAGAAAUCAUACUGACAGAUAUUGCGACAUGGAGUGUCUCAGCAGCAAAGCUAUGAAGAUGGGAAAAACUCAUUAGUUUACAAAGAAUUAUUUACCAAAUUUCAUGUUGAAAAAUAUCUGUAGUUGAGAGAGAGUGUAGUGAUAUUGUUACUCAGAUGUGCACAGCCUUUUAACAACAUUUAGUGAACAAUAAGAUACUGAAAUAAAUGGACUGAGCAGAUGUACAGAGAUAUUAAGAUCUACAGCCAAUGACUGCGUUUCCUGCCAGGCCUGUGGGUUGGUUCUGAAUGUAAUCUAUGAUUUUUUUUUGUCUGUAGUCCCCACAAGAGAGAGAGACAGACAGAUAAUGAGAUCCUCUCAUUGUGCAGACCUUUUCUGAAGAGCCUCAACCUGAAGGACUGAUUUAAUUUCUAUUCUAAUUAAGUCCAAUCAAAGGAAGGAAGAGUCACCAGCUUUUUUUUUAAAUCUGCUGGGUCUCUGAUUUUCGGCAGGUGUGGUACAUCUCAAGGAGAAAGGAAAUGGGGGUUUCUCUGACAAGAUUUUUUUUGAAAAAUACAAGACUAUUUGAACAUUGCUGGUAUAAGUAAAAUCAACGCAUGUUUAUUUUUAAUAGAAGGCGAGUGAUUUGAAACCAAGGCAGUGAUUUUAAAAAGUAGCACUCCUAAAAACACUAGAGUUUUAAAGAGAUGGUGUCCAUUGGGUGUGAUAAAUUUGAAUGCAUUUGAAGAUUUGGAUUUCCCAUACUAUUUGCCCUAAUUGUAUGCUGGAGAACCGGUGUGGGAUUUCUUGUCUGGAAGGUUUUUAGUUGCUUCACCAGAAUCAAUAAUGUUAACUUUUCAAACAACAGACUCAUUUUGUGUGUUUAUUACUAUCAUCAGAUUGUAGUUUAUUUCAAAGGAGGUUAAUUCCAUAAUUAACUAAAAUAUAGAAGAAAGAAAAUUAUCAUUAGCUUGGUAGAAACGAAGAGUAAAGCCUCCAUCCAUGCUGGUCACCUUGUGUAAAACCUGAGUGACUAUCUGGGAAAUGUAGAUCUUUUACAUAUUAUGACUCAAAUGUAAUGUGCAAAAGAUACUUUUGAAAGACAAUCCACAUUAAGAGCUCACUAGGACCAGUUGAAUGGUUCUGUGUUGGGAGUUUAUUGGAAAGAACAUAAUAAAAAGAGACUCUGGGGCUGGCACAGACAAUUCUAAAACUGUUGGUGAUGAGAUCUGGUUGUAACUGAGUUGAAAUUGACCAGCUCCCAACUGGAAUCUGGAGGAUCCCUUUUAAGCUGUCGACCUGACAACACAUUUCCAUGAUUGGUGACAUUUUUAUCCAAUAUAAUUUAUAUUGUUUCAAAAAUAGAAGUAACAACAUGCCAGUCAUAAAUAGCUAUCUAAUUUGGACUAUCAGGACCUAUAAGUUAAACUAUAAGUCCUCAGUUGCUGAUCAACAGCAUAAAACACAGUGAAAAGGAGGGUGGCACUUGAAGACUUUGGUCUGGAGCCACCUUGAUCCUAUUCAGUCAGUAUCGACAGACGAGUGGCUAGGGCAUUUGGUUCAACGCACAAACGGACUCUCUCUGAAAUCUCUUGCAGAGGAGACUUGCACUGAAGGAUUUCUCACCUACUUGAUUCCACAAGUCAUUUUACUGUAGUUUUGUUCCUGUAAUAUAUAUAUGAAAGUGUGAAUUUUAUUCGGAACAGUAGGAUAGGUCUGGAUGGGGGAGAUUUUUUUUAUUGGCGCGAUUCAUGAAAGCUGCUGCCCCCACUGCAUCUUCUCCACACUGCAACUGUAAAAAUGUAAAUAUAAGACUUGUAGAAAUCUCCAAAGCAGAAACCACUGGAUCAGAUUCUCAUUCGUACAAAUGAACGGUUGGUAUUGGUAAUAUAAAAUAGCUGCUGGUUGGAUUGAAGCAGGGAAGAUAUUAGCAUGCAAUGAGAAGAUUCUAGGUAAUGUAGAUCAUGUUAGAUAAAUUUAAGCUUACAGUGUUUUACUGUUUUUAUAAUUAAAGCUGAUUUCAGCCCUCUCUUAAAAUGACAGGAGCAGGGGCAUCUUUUAAUGGAAGAUUCUAAUUUAAAAAUGGGACUUUUUUUCAUGUUAACUGAAGAUGUCCUCAGAGCCCUGAUGCAUUGUGGGAUCCCACUUCCCUGACUGACCCAGUUAGGGAGGUUGCAGUCACGUAAUGUAUUGUUGGAAGUUGCUCAGUUAACAAAUGAAGAUGUCCUAUUUGCAGUAAAGCCUUGUUCAUACUGUUUACACUCUGAGCUAGGUAUUUUGUGGUGCAUUUUAUCCUUGCAAUUGGGGCAAAAACAGAAGCAGAGAUUUCUUGAGUAUUUUUUAAUGAUAAAGUUCCAGAAUAUGAAAGUUUUUUGUUUGUGUUGUGUGCAUUCUGUACAGCAAAUGUUGUCACUGGUAAUGAAUUAAAAUUAUCCUUUUUUAUUGUAUGUGGCAUGUUUUUUUUUGUACUGAACAUAAGUUGAAUUGUAUAUAAUUUAUGUCAAAGAGCCAAGAUGCUCUAUGUAUUAAAUCUCCUGCAGGAAUAAGCUUAUUCUGUACAUCCCUGGUACAUGUAGAGACCGUUUAUGAUCAUGUUGGCUAGAUUGUACAAACCUUUUUUUAAAUACAAAUGUAGCAUCUUUGCAUUACUGUAUGAUAAAUAAGGACAUCUGUUCCUACAGAGGUGAAUUUACUGCAUUAAAACUGUUUGAAAUAAAA